UUAUUUAAACCUCUCCCCCGAGACUUUGGCCAAAACUGGCAGCGAACAAACCGAUACUAAGUCAGCACUUACAGAAAGCAGCGUUCAUGAAGGCAGGAAGUGAAACUUGUCACUACUGCGAUCAAAACUUUCAGACAUAAACAUUAGACGUACAGUUGGAAAUAUAGAAAUUCGCCUUUUCUGCUCGUUUUGCCAGCUAGCUAACCUAGCUAGUCCUCAGCGAUGGACAAGCUUCGUCGUGUGUUAAGCGGCCAAGAGGAAAAUGAAGAGUUGGGUCUCACCGCACAGGUCCUUGAUGCCAGCACUCUCAGCUACAGCACCAGGGUGAAAUGGUUUGUCAUAUGCUUUGCCGGAGGCAUCCUGUGUUCAAUACUUGGUUCAGCACUGCUGUUCCUUCCAAAUGGAGUCAAGCUUUUCGCUGUCUUCUACACACUAGGGAAUGUUGCAGCUCUUUCCAGCACCUGCUUCCUAAUGGGACCCAUAAAACAGCUGAAGCGCAUGUUUGAAAAAACAAGACUGAUAGCCACCAUUGUUAUGCUGCUCUGCCUUGUCUUAACUCUUUGCGCAGUGUUUUGGUGGCAUAAAAAAGGGCUGGCUAUCAUCUUCUGUAUUCUGCAGUUUUUGGCAAUGACAUGGUACAGCAUCUCUUACAUUCCAUUUGCCAGGGAUGCUGUGAUGAAAUGCUUCACAACCUGUCUGAGUUAGGACUCCUUAGUCCACAGUUUGGGAAGACUGGUCCUAAUAUUCAGACUGUAAGAACAGGGGCUCUGUACAAUAUACGUCUUUUGUUGUUUAUACAAUUUAUCUCCAGAUUUUUA